GUCAAGCCCCUUUCGACAUCUUGACGGCUACGGUUACGCGUGCAUGUGCUCGCGUAUUUAUUUAGCCGCAUAUUUAAUACGAUUUAAUCUCUAUCAUUGGAAUUUUAUUAGAGUGAAACAUAUUCAUAGUUUGUCAAAAUGCAGGUGCCACCAAUUUUCAUGGAAUUGCCGUUAGACGACCAGGCACAAGAACUGAGGGUAUAUUUUAAAAGCCUCGGUGCAGAAAUUAGCGAAGAGAAAUCUCCUAAAGGUAUAGAAGAUGAUUUACACAAAAUUAUUGGAGUAUGCGAAGCAUGUUUCAAAGAAGGAAACGAAAACGAAAUAGAAACUGUAUUGAAUGAUAUUGUUUCUAUCAUGAUUUUGAUACCUACGGAACGCGCUGAAAAUUUAAUUUUAGCAUUCUGUGAGAAACUUGUAAAAGCACCUGGAUACAAGCUUGGAUUAGUUUGCUUAAAAGCAUUAUGGCUAUUAUUUCAAUCUCUUGCUGAUGAUUCUCCAAUGAGAUAUCAUGUUUAUUAUCACUUGGUACAAAUAGCUCGCAAUGUUGAUCAAGUAAAAGCUGUGUACAGUGGAAUAGAUCAAUUAAAGCAGCAAUUUGCUUCCUUUCCACCAUCAAAUGAACAAAUGCAGAAAUUACUACGUUUGUUACAUGAAGUUCUUUUAAGUUGCAAACAGGGAGAACAAGCAGCAGCUGUCAUGGUGGAAUUGUUAGGAACUUAUACAGCAGAAAAUGCUUCCGCGGCAAGAGAAGAUGCUCAACGUUGUAUAUUAGCUGCAUUAGCAGAUCCUAAUACAUUUUUACUAGAUCCACUGUUGGCUUUAAAACCUGUGAGAUUUUUAGAAGGCGAAUUGAUACACGAUUUACUUCUUGUGUUUGUACAAGAUAAAUUGCCAGCAUAUUUACAUUUCUAUCAACAUCAUAGAGAAUUUGUUGAGCAUCAACUUGGAUUAAAUCAUGAGCAAAAUAUGAAGAAGAUGAGGUUGUUGACUUUUAUGCAACUUGCAGAAACAAAUCCAGAAAUGUCUUUUGAUACAAUACAAGAAGAAUUACAGAUUAGUGAAUCUGAAGUAGAAAGCUUCAUAAUUGAUGUUUUGAAAACUAAACUUGUAAGAGCUCGCAUGGAUCAGGCUGGCCGCAAAGUGUUAAUCUCUAGCACAAUGCAUAGAACGUUUGGUCGUCCACAAUGGAUGCAAUUACGAGAUCUACUUGUUUCGUGGAAAGCUAAUCUUUCAGCUGUGCAAGAUGGAAUGAAGACUGUAGCUGCUGCACAGAUGGAACUUGUAGCAAAAAAUAAAGCUAGUCUUGUUCACUGACAGUAUCGAAAAAUUCCACAUGUGGGUAGUACACGAAAUGAUAUAUAAUUGUAAUUAUAUAUACAUAUAUGUCCAAACACAAAUAAUAGG